AUGCUGUACCUGCACACCCGCACGCCGCCCAUCGCCCACCGCGACCUCAAGUCCGCCAACCUGCUGGUGGACAGCCAGUGGCACGUCAAGGUGGCCGACUUCAACCUGAGCCGCGCCCUGGAGUCCAACCUGUCCGCCUCCACGCUCUUCAUCACCAACCCGCGCUGGUUGUCGCCCGAGGUGCUGAGCGGACACCCCGGCCAGCUGGCGGCGGAUGUGUGGGCCUUUGGCACCGUGCUGUGGGAGCUGGCCACCUGGCGGCUGCCCUUUGAGCACAUGAACCCCUUCCAGGGCAGCGGCCUGGUGGUGCCGGCGCCUGGAGAGCUGCCCUCGGGGCCCUGUUCUGUGUACAGAGAGUAUGUGGGGCUGAUGCGCGACUGCUGGCACCGCAUCCCCGCCAAGCGGCCUCACUUCGACCAGAUCGUGAAGCGCCUCAGGUGA